AUGGCUGAAGCCGCUGCAUCACCAGCGGUCGAUGCAACUGGCUUAUCAAUCGACCUGGCUGUCGAUUCUAACAAUUUCGCGUGCUCUACUUGUCACGAACGUACUUCUAGUGAAGACAGAAGAACGUAUCGCGAUGUCGGUGUGCAAACGGACCCUCCUAGUCCACCAUUAACUCCACAACGCUUGUCUGUUUCUCCUAAUCUGAUUGACUUUUCUCCUUCCCCUCCUCGCACACCUCCUCGGCGAUCGACAACUUCUGUAUUGACUGCGAUCACUCCUCCCUCUCGGUCUACUACUCCCACUCCAUCCACUUAUUCGCUUCGUACUCCUACGAAACAACGCGCAUAUAGCCAGGUCGGUCGCGGCAGGCCUCGUUCCAAGACGCUGUUUGCGCUCGGCGAGGAGGAGCUGUUCAAUGCCGAUGCGGUGGAAGAACUACAAUUACGCUCUUAUAUUGGACAUCCACCUAGUAAGCUGCAUAUACCUCGCCCUCUCGAACAGAUGGACGACAACCAAGAUGUUUUUGCCGUUCAAUCAACUGAUCUUUCUCUCGCACUUGGACGACGCGUUGUCUCAAUGCCUACCACUGCUGACAGCGCUGUUCCUACGAAUUUUACGAGACCCCGUGCUGUGUCAGACAGUCUUGCUGCCCUUGCUUACGCGGCUGUUCUGCAAGAAGCGGAGAUGCUGCUGGAUAUGGAAGACGCUGAGGCUGCCCUCACUGGUAGAUCACUCUCUCAUGCGCGGGCCGCCUCAUUAGGGCUCUCUGACUCCAGCUCAUUGACGUCAAUGGAAACGGAUGAUGAUAGCGAAAGUCUUCCUACACCGAACUUGCACCGCGCCGCUCUAGAUAUCACUCUGGCGAAUUCGAUAACUUCUGAGAGUUUCUACAUGACUGACAAGCCUGGAGAGGACAUUGUGUUAGAACCUUCACCUCCAAAAGCGAUUCCAGCUCUGCAUGGCCCCCUCUCCCUUCCUUACGCGAGGUGUCCGUCCGGGGCCGAGGGCAUCAUUGUAGAAGAGCCGGCGACGCUGCAUCGAAUCGUCUGGGGACUUGAGCACGAACCCCCGAAGUCAGAACACCCGGCCGGUGACGGUGAAGAAAUAGGCAUGCCGCUUGCUUCGGAGGCCAAAUCAGAUAUUUUGCAGACUGCAAUUGAAGAGGUCGUUCAGGCAAUGCCCAAGCUUUGCGGCGUGGUGAAUAGUGAUGGGCUGGCUCGUCGGAGAGCGGCCGACUUAGCACCCCGGCGCAGAACGCUCUCAAGUCCAGCUACGCAUACUCCCACCAAGUCGAGCACCUCGAGCCCGAUUCGCUCGUCGUUACGUGCCAAUGCCCCUCCAUUCUUUCCUAGUGCUCCACAAAUGCGGCGAGUUACCAUCGAUCCAGCAAUUCUCUAUGUUUCUCCGCCGGGUGGCCUGCAAUCUCCUAUUAUUCUGGCGAGCGAUCGUCCAGGUGUACAGGCGAUGAAUGAUUCUCAAUGGACGCAACUGGCGGAGAUCAGAGCUCUCCCUUUUCAUGAAUUGCAUGCUCCUUCGUCCUACGAAAUUCCUAUCCUGCGUCCCCCUGCGCCGUGUUUCCCGAUCGUUGGUGUGCCAUACUCUGCAGAAAGCUUGAACCUACUACAACGCCUUACAAUGUCCCCUAACAAUAUCCAGUCAGCCCGCGAUCCCCGAUCCGAAUUAGGACAUGGACGACCCUCAACUCUGCUGUCCAGGAUGACAAAUACGAAUCCCAAUGUCGCCAGACGGGUUACACACAUAACGUCACGACCUCGGGCACAGAGUUCUCCCCCAGUUCCGGUCAAUCUGCAUCCAGUUUCUCACCUCACUUUCUCAGACGACAACCUUCCACCGCACAUUCCGGAAGAAAUUGAGAUAAUCACUACACCAGCUACUCCGGUUACCCCGAUUUCGCCAUACGUUCCCGCAAAUAUCGACCGAACCCUCCUCCAAGCCAAUGGGAUGGCACGUGCGGCAGCCAGAACAUGGUCUUUGUCGGAGCAAUCUGUACCGACUGCUCCCAUCACCACGCAGUCUGCCCCUCCGGUUGACUGGUCUUCGUCCUUCAAGACUUUUUGGAGAGAGCAACAGACUGUACGAGGACAAGAGCAACUGACUGAAAACUUGCUGGGAUCACCUAUCCGAGAGCAUAGUAGCCACGAACAUCAACUCACGCCUAUUCCACCUCGUCUCCCUUCUGCGCCGCGUUCAGUACCGAUGAAGCGACUGAUGACCCGUCUGAGCGGCUCGACCUCCCUACCCGCCCUGUCCGAGGUUGAGGAAAACAGUCUGGCUGACAGUCCGGCAAAGCGUUUCCCAUCUAGCAGCAGCGAGCCUAGCUCCCUUAGAGCCCCGAUCUGGCAACGUCCUCAAAGUGCGCGAAGGAACCCUUCCCCCUCUCGACUGAGCUUGGCCGCACAGACGAAGGCCGACGCAGAAGAAUCGGAUGAUGCUGACGUGUGGAUUGAGCGACUUCCAGCCGGUACCAACACUUCGACGACAUCCAACAGUUCGUCUUUGGACGAAGAAGUGAUCAUCUUCCAAGGCUGGAAGAACCCAAAAGGCAAAGGCAGGGGUGUCUCACCUUAG